AUGUUCAACAUUGGACGAAAGAGAAUUACAGGCAUAGCUAAAGGUUCUUUGAGACAUAAUAGCAACUUUACGCCGAAAGCACCACCACAAACAAGAAUAUUCAAUUAUGCAGCACUUGCAGUAGGGUCGUUAGGUGCUGGAUAUUUCGUGGGACAAUAUUUCAGUAACCCCAUUGAAAAGAAAAAGCAAAAGAAUACUGCUGCAUUUCUCAAGGCAGAUAAUGAGGAUGCUUCCACCGCCCCACUUUCAUCAUUAGAACCCCCCGUCUAUGCCGAUGAACAAAAAUUUAAAGAAGGGUUAUCGAGAAUAAUUGAAAUUGUCGGCAAAGACCAUGCUCUGUUUGAUCCCGACGUUCUUGCUUCACACAACGACUCCUUCUAUUCAACGCAUCAUCCUCCUCAACCCGAUAAACAAAAGCCCAAUGUUGUCAUAACACCAACUUCAACCGAACAAGUGUCGCAAAUUAUGAAAAUCGCCCACGAAUAUCGACUCCCUGUUGUUGCCAGUUCCGGAUUGACUUCACUUGAAGGACAAAACAUCCACACGAGGGGUCCCUUCAGUAUAUCGCUCUCAUUUGCGGAAAUGAAUAAGGUUCUUGCUUUCCAUCCCGAUGAUUUGGAUAUUGUUGUUCAGCCUGGUGUUGGAUGGGUUGAUUUGGCCGAUUUUUUAAACGAUGAUCCAAAGGGUAAAGAUUUGUUAUUUGGACCUGAUCCAGGAAUUGGUGCCAAUAUUGGAGGAAUGGUGGGUACUAGUGCUUCAGGCACCAAUGCUUUUCGGUAUGGUACAAUGAAGGAAAAUGUCGUCAAUUUAACUGUAGUGUUAGCUGAUGGAACAAUUAUCAGGACGAGACAAAGACCUAGAAAAUCAAGUGCUGGAUACGACUUGACGAGGUUUUUCAUUGGCACCGAAGGAACAGCCGGUAUCAUCACCGAGAUUACAUUAAAGUUGCAUGUGCGCCCCAAAGUUGAGCUUAUUACUACUGCAGCAUUCCCAACUAUAAAAGAUGCUGCAGCUGCAGUCCAGACGAUUAUUGGAAGAGGAAUCCAGCCAAAUGCAAUGGAGCUUUUGAAUGAGACAAUGAUGUCUUUUGUUAACGAGUCUGCAGAUGGUGAACAUCGAUUGGAAAAGCCUACAUUGUUUUUCAAGUUGGGUGGUCCUACAACUAAAACUGUUCUUGAGCAAUCUCAAGUAGUUGAAGAAAUAGCUAACGAAAAUGGUGCAAUCAAAGUUGAACGUAGUGAAAAUGCCGAACAGAAUGCCGAGUUGUGGGCAGCAAGAAGAAAUGGACUUUGGUCGACGUUCCAGGCAGGCUCUAGCCGUCUUUCUAAUCCCAAUGAUGUCCAAAUAUGGACCACUGACGUUGCUGUACCCGUAUCGAACCUAUCUGAGGCUAUUGGCCAGAUAAAUGAUGACUUGAUUAAUGCCGGCUUCGACGGCAAAUUUUCCGUGUUGGGCCACAUUGGUGAUGGAAAUUGCCAUUUUCUCAUUAUCUACAAUUCACCAGAUUAUGGCAAAGUUCACGAAGCGGUCGACCGUAUGGUUGCACGUGCAUUACAACUCGAGGGUACAUGUACUGGUGAACAUGGUGUUGGAGUUGGUAAAAGAAAAUACCUCUCUGAGGAAUUGAGUGAAUCAACUAUUGAUACAAUGAGGAAAUUGAAAUUGGCAUUGGAUCCAAGAAGAAUAUUGAAUCCAGAUAAGGUAUUCAAAAUUGAUCCAAAUGAUGAUUUGGAUGAACAGUUGAAUGCUGGCCAUGUUAUUGAAAAACAUGAGUGUGCAAUUGAGUAUAAUGAUGAUCAAGAUCAACAACCAGUGCAAACACGACGAUUAAACGUUGUUGCCGUUGAUGAGCGAGGUAACUUUGCCAGUCAGUCAAGCCAGAGGGUGACAAGGAAACAUAAGUUGGACAAGUUAACUGGUGAUGAUGCAUUGCCUAUAUAUUAUCGAUGUUUGCAAAUAAUAUUGAAAGCUCAAUUGGACGCAAUUGUCAAGAUUUAUUUCAGUGAUGGGGUCAAAUCGGCUUUGACUAGCAUUGUUAAAACUUACUGGUGUAGGGCAUUGGAGCACUACUACAGGCUAAAUGGCCAUGUGAAUGAUCAAAAUGGAACCGAUAACCAAAAGAGUUCUUUAGAUGUGUUGGAUUUGGUGUGUCUUAUUUAUAUGGCAGGUUUGGAGUUACGAGCCCAUCCAUUCUAUCUUAGUGAUGUUGUUGAGUGUAUCACGUUGGACAAAGUGCCAUAUUUCAAGACAUAUAAUCUACUACCGACUGAAGAGUUGGAGAAAUUGCAUGGUUCAUAUCAUGGUCGGUUACAAGCUCAUCAAGCACCUGGUGAAGGACAGAUACUACGACGUAUUUUUUACUUAAACUCGGUCGUGUUGGAUCAUGAUUUGCAAGUACCAUCGAGCUGCUAUUUCCCAUUCAUUUUUGAUAUGCUAUCCAACACUUUAUUUCUUCCAAAUGCGCCGGACUUGUUUAUGUUGGUGUACUAUUUUCUCAAUCUUUGCAAAAAGGCCACUUUCGAGGUUCCAAAAAACCUUAAAUCUGCUACUAAGCUUGCAGAAUGUUUUCCUGAGGUGUAUUUGGUCCUGGUGGCCAUAUACAUUAUCAAGUUACAUUUUGAAUUUGGUGAGCCAAAGUUCCAACUCGCAGUUUGGUUGAAGCAGGUCAAAACAUACAACAUGGAAUAUGAAUAUAAUAACGAAGUAUGUGAUGGCUCGUUACUUAAUUGGUCUGAAGAUAAAACUGAACGAUAUUGCAAUUGGGUGUAUAAUCACUUGAUGCCAGAGAAGUAUAGGGUUAAAGAUGGGAAUUCCGAUGACGGCGAUCUAUCAAUUAUGGAAAAGAGGCUAUUCCAAAUCUUCACUUUGGAAGGGAUGGAUCAAGAUUUGGGCAAAGUGGAGCAGGUGGUGGAAGAUAAAGAAACUGUCACACGUAAAUUUGCCACUCUCAAGCGCAUUUUGGAUGCUGGAAUGGACAACCCCGAUGGAAGGAUUGCAGAUUACAAUGAAAUGGAUAAGUUUUUGUUCACCUUAUUGAGCAAGACACUAAAUCUACAGAGUGAUGAGUUAGUAAGGAUCUACGAUAAUACCUCCAAACAGUUUCGAAAGGUACAUCGUAACUAA